UUGAUGUUUAGCAUUGAAAAAGUGGUAUAAUUUUCCCUUGUUUGUUACUGAAAGUUGCGGUUUGGAAACGUGCUGAACGUUCUUGAUCAGCUUUAAUUGACUUUUAUACACCUUUGCUUAGUUUGUGAGGAUUCCACAGAAGCUAGAUUUUUAAUACUUUUUUGGUAUAUAAAUAAAGAGUUGAGAUCUCUCAGCAAGGCAUAGAAGAAACUAAAGUUUCUCUUCUUUUCUCUCUUGUGAUUCCUGCAGUGGUGGAUCCAGCAGCUGAAAGAUUGUUCUUUGUUAUUCUAUUCGAGAAAGCAUAGUAGAGAAAAUGGUGAAGAUCUGCUGCAUUGGAGCUGGAUAUGUAGGCGGUCCAACGAUGGCAGUUAUUGCCUUGAAAUGCCCCUCUGUUGAGGUUGUAGUUGUUGAUAUAUCUGUCUCGAGGAUUACAGCCUGGAAUAGUGAGCAGCUCCCCAUUUACGAGCCAGGUCUUGAUGAAGUGGUGAAGCAGUGCAGAGGAAAGAAUCUCUUUUUCAGUGUUGAUGUUGAGAAGCAUGUCUCUGAAGCUGAUAUUAUCUUUGUUUCUGUUAAUACGCCAACCAAAACACAAGGUCUUGGAGCUGGCAAGGCUGCAGAUUUGACCUACUGGGAGAGUGCAGCCCGGAUGAUUGCUGAUGUUUCAAAAUCUGACAAGAUCGUCGUGGAGAAAUCAACUGUUCCUGUGAAAACAGCUGAGGCUAUCGAAAAAAUAUUGACCCACAACAGUAAGGGCAUCAAGUUUCAAAUAUUGUCAAAUCCAGAAUUUCUUGCAGAGGGAACUGCUAUAGAAGAUCUUUUUAGCCCAGAUCGUGUGCUUAUUGGUGGUCGGGAGACUCCAGGAGGGCAAAAGGCAAUCAAGGCCUUGAAAGCUGUUUAUGCUAACUGGGUGCCUGAGGAGAGAAUCAUUUGCACCAAUCUUUGGUCAGCAGAGCUUUCAAAGCUUGCUGCCAAUGCCUUCUUGGCUCAGCGAAUCUCAUCAGUGAAUGCCAUGUCUGCUCUCUGUGAAGCAACUGGUGCUGAUGUUUCUCAGGUGGCUCAUGCAGUGGGAAAAGACACUAGAAUUGGAGCUAAGUUUCUCAAUGCCAGUGUUGGCUUUGGUGGUUCUUGCUUCCAGAAAGAUAUUCUGAAUCUAGUCUACAUUUGCGAAUGUAAUGGCCUCCCUGAAGUUGCAAACUACUGGAAACAAGUGAUUAAGGUAAACGAUUACCAGAAGAACAGGUUUGUCAACCGCAUUGUUUCCUCAAUGUUCAACACUGUCUCUGGCAAGAAAAUUGCAGUUUUGGGAUUUGCAUUCAAGAAAGACACCGGUGACACGAGGGAAACACCUGCAAUUGAUGUCUGCAAGGGACUUAUAGACGACAAGGCCAAGUUAAGCAUAUACGAUCCACAGGUCACUGAAGAGCAGAUUCAGAGAGAUCUUUCACUAAACAAAUUUGACUGGGAUCAUCCAGCUCAUCUGCAGCCACUCAGCCCCGCGUCAAAGAAAGACAUAACUGUAGUCUGGGACGCGUAUGAGGCCACAAAGAAUGCUCAUGCUAUCUGCAUUCUGACAGAGUGGGAUGAGUUCAAGAAUCUUGAUUUUCAAAAGAUUUACAACAACAUGCAAAAGCCUGCUUUCUUGUUUGAUGGAAGGAAUGUUGUGAAUCCACAGAAGCUGAGGGACAUCGGAUUCGUCGUGUACUCCAUUGGAAAGCCUUUGGAUCCAUGGAUCAAAGAUUUGCCUGCAGUGGCAUAAUCUAGACCUGGGAUCACAAGCUAGAGAUGAAACUUGUGAGAAGUGCUUUGCUUGUUCAAAUGCAUAGUUGAAUGCUUUUACUUUUGCUAUUGUUUUAUUGUACAAGUAGUCAUCAGUAAUUACUGAGAGCUAUUCCUACUUAUAAAUUGUUUUUUGUAUACUACAUUGAAAUAUAUGAAAUUUUCCCUUUUUUAUUA